UCUGCUCAUUUCCUGUGAAGUUCUUCACUGAGGGCAGAUCGGUUCGACACUGUACCACGGAAGUCGUAGUCUUGAGGUUUGUUGGACCGAAUUAAAGGCUUGCUUAUUUUAAAUAGGUCAUCUGAGGAUUCAAACAGUUGAGAACUGUUGUUCCUGGCAGCAGGUAGGCCGCUAGGGUUCGGACCAGAGAGGUCCCAAUGACUCACCAUGUCCAAUAACGGAAGUCAGGUACCAGUGUGGACAGCAGGAACUGAAGUUGUGGGGCGAUUUCAAUUUAGAGCCAGGACACGAGAGGAUCUGCCUUUUGAGAAAGGUGAGGUGCUGUAUAUUGAAAGUGUUACUCGGGAUCCUAACUGGUACAGAGCAAGAAAUGGAAAAGGACGUAGAGGAAUGAUUCCCUAUAAUUAUGUAAUAGAACACAAAAGAGGUGUAAAACUUCAUGCCAUGCCGUGGUUUCAUGGGAGAAUAACAAGAGAACAAGCUGAAGAUCUUCUUAAGCCAAAGGAGAGCAACAUGCCCUUUGAAAAAGGCCUGUUUCUAGUCAGAGAAAGUCAUAACUAUCAGGGAGACUACACCCUUUCUGUUUGUUCUGCUGUAGGAGUUGAGCACUACAGAGUAAGGUACACAGAUGAUAACAAACUGACAGUUGAUGAUGAUAGCUUCUUUGAAAAUCUCACAAAGCUUGUAGAGCACUAUCAAGAUGAUGCAGAUGGACUCUGUACACGACUAGCAAAACCAUUGGAAAAGAAAGGAGGAAAAUUUGAUUUCUCUGUUGAUCCAGACUCCUUUAAAAAAGAGGGUUGGUCAAUUCAGCGCCAUGAACUACAUCUUGGAAGGUCAAUUGGAAAAGGAGAGUUUGGAGAUGUCCUUCAAGCUGAAUACAAAGGACAGAAAGUAGCUGUGAAAUCACUCUUAGAUGACAGCCAUGCUGCUCAGACAUUCCUAGCAGAAGCUUCUAUAAUGACGAAUUUAAGUCAUAAGAACCUUGUGAAAUUACUUGGUGUGUCACUGGAUGGAAAUCCUAUUUACAUUGUAACAGAAUUUUGUGGAAAGGGAAGUUUAGUUGAAUACUUAAGGACUAGGGGCCGGACUGUUAUUGGGCAGAAAGAUCUUGUAGGGUUUGCUAGGGAUAUAGCUGCUGGUAUGCAUUAUUUGGAGUCAAAGAAUUUGGUUCACAGGGACUUGGCUGCAAGGAAUGUUCUUAUACAUGAAGAUGGAACAGCAAAAGUGUCAGAUUUUGGACUUGCAAGAGAAGCUAACUUCAAUUUAGAAGGAGGAAAGUUCCCUAUCAAGUGGACUGCACCUGAAGCAAUUAAACAAGGGAGAUUUUCUACACAAUCUGAUGUGUGGAGUUAUGGUGUAUUAUUGUGGGAAUUGUUCUCAUUUGGUAGAACACCAUACCCCAGAGUGCACAUAGAUAGUGUAGUUGAGAUGAUCGAAAGAGGGCAUCGUAUGGAUUGUCCAGAGGGAUGCCCUAAACAAGUUUACGAUGUAAUGAGAGACUGUUGGGACAUUGAUCCAAGGCAGCGGCCAACAUUCCAGACGAUAUAUAGAAAACUAGAUGAAGUUUACCGAUCAUUUGUACCUGUUGGCAACUGAGUCUUGAAAACAGUUAUUUACCUUUAUACGUACUAAGCCAUACCUAUGUGGAAUUGUGAUAUGCUUUAAAUGCUGAUAAAAAAGAUCAUAAUAUCAAAUUUUCCUUUCUGGGCUAGUAGUGCUGUUUUUCAGUUUACCAGUUGGUAGACUUAAUCUAUACCACAAUUUUCAAAAUUCCAUUGAAAGUUAGUUAAUAAAUUUCUUUAUGUUUCAUUUUCAAAGUAAUGUAUAAGGAUUGUGUCUUACCAGUUAAUUGUGGGUUUAUGAAUGUUUCACAAAAUAUUGAGUUUUCAAGAGUAACAGUAACCUCUUCAUAAGAGAAAUACAUUUGUUAAUCUAGCAUUAUGUCUCUAUUUAUCUGUUAAAUUUGUUUAUGUGUUUUAGACAACUGUAAUGUGUAGUUAGGGGAAUGUUGCAGUAUUCAUGGUAAAAAUUGUACAUGGCUAAAAAUAUUAAAACCCUUUUUUGCUAGUCCCUUAUAUUUUUAUACCAUUUAAAAUUAGCUUUAAGAGACCCUCUGCAUAUUUAAGAAGCAUUUUCUUUUGAUAUUGUCUUCCUUGCAUGUUUGGGUAGAAAAGUAUAUAAGAAAUGAGAUUGAAACUUCAUAGGAAUGAAAUAAUUAGUUAUAUUUUCUUAUUAUGAUACCCAGAAUUGUUAAUUCUUUCAAUUGUUUUAGGAAAUUGUUAAAUUUGUUAUAAUAGUAAGAAGCAUGUAAAUUAUGCAUGGGGUCUGUAACAUCUUAGUUUUUGUAAAGGGUGUAAAAAUGUUCUAAUAAAAUUUAGAUGGAAUUUAAAUUUUUUAAUUCCCCCAUCUAA